CUCUCUCUCUCUCUCUGAUCCCAUCUCCUGUUCCUCAGUCCCCCCUCACUCUGCAGAUUGAGCGUCUCUGGACUGAGCUGCAGGACAAACACUCCACAGCUUGUCGGCCUCCUUUCUCCACUUAUCCUGAGGUGAAAACUUAGAUCACGUGACCAUGGCAAACUCGUUCACCCGUAUGAUGUCUGGUCGUAGCACUGCAGUGUUGUUGGCUAGCAUCGGAGCUGGCACACUGGCAUCUGGAUACCUGCUCUGUGACAGCUCUGCUGCUGCUGCUGAGAGGAGGAGGCUUUAUCCACCCAGUGCUGAUUUCCCUGACCUGAGAAAGCACAACAACUGCAUGGCAGCAGCUCUGACCCCGACUAUUUAUGCACGACUGAGGGACAAGACCACUCCCAACAACUGGACCCUGGACCAUUGCAUCCAGACUGGGGUCGACAACCCCGGACACCCCUUCAUCAAGACUGUGGGCAUGGUGGCUGGAGAUGAGGAGAGCUAUGAGGUGUUUGCUGAGCUCUUUGACCCUGUUAUCAAGGACAGACACAAUGGCUAUGACUGUCAUACAAUGAAGCACCCCACUGACCUAGAUGCCACCAAGAUCACCUCAGGAAUGUUUGAUGAGCGUUAUGUGCUGUCAUCUCGUGUCCGUACUGGACGUAGCAUCCGUGGCCUGAGCCUCCCGCCCGCGUGCACUCGCUCCGAGCGCCGUGAAGUGGAGCGCGUGGCUGUGACCGCUCUGUCCGGCCUGAAGGGAGACCUGGCCGGUCGAUACUACAGCCUGGGAGAUAUGUCCGACAGGGAGCAGCAACAGCUCAUCGAGGAGCACUUCCUGUUUGAUAAACCUGUGUCACCUCUGCUCACGUCAGCUGGGAUGGCCAGAGAUUGGCCCGAUGCUCGUGGGAUCUGGCACAACAACGAGAAGAACUUCCUGAUCUGGAUCAAUGAGGAAGACCACACCCGGGUCAUAUCCAUGGAGAAAGGAGGAAAUAUGAAGAGAGUGUUUGAAAGGUUCUGCAGAGGUUUGAAACAGGUGGAGCACCUGAUUCAGGAGAGAGGUUGGGAGUUCAUGUGGAAUGAGCGUCUGGGCUACAUCCUCACCUGCCCCUCUAACCUCGGCACCGGGCUCAGGGCUGGUGUUCAUAUCCGCCUGCCUCUCCUCAGCAGGGACCCUCGCUUCAAAAAGAUCCUGGACAACCUGAGGCUACAGAAGAGAGGCACCGGAGGUGUCGACUCGGCUGCGACCGGAGACACCUUCGACAUCUCUAACCUCGACCGUCUGGGCAAGUCGGAGGUGGAGCUGACCCAGUUAGUGAUUGACGGUGUGAACUACCUGAUUGAAUGUGAGAAGAGGCUGGAGAGGGGGCAGGACGUCAAGAUCCCCUCCCCCAUCGCUCAGUUCAGGAAGUGAACGGCACCUCUGCUGGGAAUCGAGCAGGUGCUCCAACCGCUUGACGUUACUGUUGGUCUUACAAAACUAUUAACGGCAUGUGUAGCACUGUAGUGACUAACAUGCGCAGUAAACACAUUACGUGUAUAUUGUAAAAACACAAUAAAAACUCUUGAUGAAC